UUGUGCCCAACGCGCCGCGUGUUCUCUCGCGUGAGAGUUGCAAAUGAAGCCCGAUGUUCAGGCAUUCACUAGCCAGUCCAUCACGCUCGCAUGCAAACACUAUGUCGGACCUCCCCUAUGCUCCAGUCUCUACGGUAUAUGAAGCGUACGCCGUGGUUUAUCUCUUCCGCGACUCGAGAGGCUGGUUGACGAGCCUAUCCCCAAGGACACAUCUGCCAACGCCCUGGACUCAACUCACUACCCGCCGACUCCCGUCUUCCCCCUCUUUUUUUCCCUGUUUAUAAUGGCCCGUACAGCUAGAGGUACGUGCAGGCCUAGUCUGCGUUAUAGGCGCAACCAUAACCUACUGCCCUGCCGACUCGCGUCAAUCCAAGCGCUACGAGUCCUAUUUGGGCAAAAUACAUCGCGACAGCUCAGAGCGUGGCAGGAACACUGCCUCACAGCACUCUCAAGUCUCCCCCCAACACGCUCGUUCUGAGCAUCUCAGAACGACUUCUCUCGUCGUAGGUACGUCCAUGUGCGGCCCUCGCGGUAGCAUGCCCAUCGAUUUGCGGGCGCUUCUCACCAGAUGCCAGAUGGCCUCGAGUACUUCCCCCGAGUCAGCUGCACAACGAAUACCACCGGAACUAUUCAAGAGAAUUAUCGAUAAUCUGAAACCCCAAGAGUUGGACGGAUCAACUCGUCUAGCGUGGACUAAGUCCCGCAAAACGAAGAAGCUCAGAGGCCAACAGCAGAAGCACGAACUCGGACAGUGCUCCCUUGUCUGUCGCUACUGGGCGGUGCACUGUCGGGGGCCAAUAUUCAGGAACGUUGAAAUUCGGACACUCGAGGAUGCCCAUCGCCUGCUCGAGUUCGCGAAGACGAGCACGAUAGGCAUCAGUAUCGGGUCGUACAUCUCCAGUAUUACUGUACGCGCGGCGGUGCCUUCGCUUCCGUGGAUCCACCUCAUUACCAACGCCAUCCCUCAUGAUGCAUUCCCAAAUUUGAACAGCUAUACAAUCAAUGUAUCUGAAGCUCCUUUUAGCGAGGCUCCCGAGCUGAGGCCCUUCGCUCCCCGUUCUGUGUUCUACGGCCUCCCGCGCUCGCUCCCUGCCACUAAGCGCCCACUUCCUCUUAGCCUAAGAGACCUACGCUUUGCCGCAUUCGCCGACAUGAUCUCUUUCAUCGAGUCCUUCGUUGCAUCUAAGCCCCGCUCGCACAGUGCUUCACUCUACCUCGAUCAAAUUACCUGGGCGGACGGUAACACACUAAUGCCCUCCGAGACUCCAGCCGCGUUCCGCGGCAUGCGUCGCCGUUGGCGGAAACACUUUAAAUCAAUAGUUUCGAAUAAUUGCACGGAUGCAUGGCCACUCGUCUGGCUCUUGGUCACUGCAGAACGUCCGAAGCCGUCUCUAAACAGAACGCCACCUUUUGUCGACGGCAUGGAAGUGCGUCGGCUCACGGCGCUCGUGCAGGUGAUUAUGGACAAUUGCCAGUGCACCAUUUGCAGCGAGCGCAAGUCGGGGCAUAAAAGUACUAGUUCCCCGGGUCACCUACCAAGUGUAUUUAUGAAGGAAGUGGAGCCCGAACGUGGUUCCCGAGGUGUGUGCUCGGUUUGCUACAUGCCUAAGGCGAACGGGAGCUGAGCAGGAUGGCCCCAGAUCACGUAAUACUCAACAUACAUAACGAAAUUCACGAACUGGUUUUCAGGAUCUCCUCCGAGGGCCAUGUUACGAAGACAACUUUUCGUCUUAAGGGUCCACUUACUGCGGAUUGCGGGUCUCCCGAAUCGUUCGGAUUCGACUGGGCGGCCCUAGACAAGCGGGCCUCUGUCUUCAACGCGGCCGUGCUCUCCGUCUCGUUUCCUGCUAAACUAUACAGCGUGUACGAGCGAUUCGUACGUGAUCACAUGCCGUUGAUGGAAUCGAGCGGCCGAUUAGAGCUCGAGAGACAGAAAGGGUGACCUUAACGAGGUUGAUUGCAUGGGUGUCUUGCUGAAAUUGUAGGUCGGCUACGCCUGUAUGCAGCUGUAUAUUUCAUUCUUGCGCCCUCGGACGUGGACGUGGGGCACCUGAUAUCCAAAUACAGUCUCGUCGUGGUUUCAUUUUCUUCU